AGGGCCAUUACGAGCGUGACUGUCAUAUUCGACAACAGCAACUAGACUCUGGCGCUGCAAAGCUUGACAGAGGUCGUGCCUACUUAGUUCAACAGCCAAGCAGUUUGCAACCUCCGCCUCAGCCCCAGCCUCUACUGGCUCCUCCACCUCCGCAGGCAAAUUUCGCCUCCUCCCAGUCUCAAAGCUCUGAGUCAAACGCUUACAGUUAUCCCUCUCAUCUUCUUACAAGAGCAUCCUACAUCAAUAGUGAGAUCCGACAACAAGACUAUCUCAGCUGGAUACUGGACUCCGGAGCUACACAGCAUUUCUGCAAUAGCAAAUUGGACCUUAAGGACUACAAGCAUUUCCUUGAACCUAGAGAGAUCUACCUUGGAGAUAAUACUACGAUCUAUGCAGAGGGAUCUGGUACUCAACAUCUUCAAGUUGGGCCUAAUAUUCUAGUCCUCAACGUCUGGUUCGUACCAAAAUUGGCAGAGAACCUGCUGUCCUUGCAGCUCCUUGAUCGAGCUGGCUACUCUACUCUCAUUGAAAAUGGCAUUGUCUACAUACGGCAGCAAGGCGACUCAAAUUCCGCAUGGUUUCAACUAGCCAACUCGAAGCAUGGAGACCUUUAUCGAAUGCAUAUAAGUCCCUCAUCUCUAGUGAAUGCCCCACGAGCUCUCCGUACAAGAGAAUUCAGUACACUCAGGUUAUGGCAUAAUCGCCUAGGCCACCGGAAAUUUCGAUCAGUGGAAGAUCUCAUGAACUUAUCUGUACCGCGUCAACUACCUACAUGCACAGCGUGCCUACAAGGUAAAAUGAAGGCAGAUUCCACCUUCCUGUGCUUGAACGUUGCAGCAAGUCAUUCGACCGCGUGCAUGCCGUCCUUAUCCCCUUGGACGGUAUCUCCCUUGGUGGAUCUAAGUAUAUGUUACUACUGGUCGAUGAUUACACUCGCUAUGCAUGGUGUUAUUUUGCCUCAAGCAAGAAUGUUCCUGCAAUAACGCCUCUCCUUCAAGGAUUCAUAAACCUGGUCCUGACUCAAUUUAAUGCUGUAAUUAAGUCAUGGCGAGCAGAUGGCGGUACCGGCGAAUUCAUAAACAGCAUGGUCAAGGAAAUAAAUUGCCAACAUGAAUACUUCACCAAAUUUCCACCUCUGGUGUCAAGCAACAGAAUGGUGUACUGGAACGACGAGUUCAGACGAUCAAGAAUAUGGGACGCUCUAUAAGAGCUGGUGCUGGUGUCUUAGAUGACUACCGACUACAAGCUGAGUCCCUGGCUACCUCGGUAUUUCUAACUAACAUCCUGCCAUCUACUACUCUAGGCAAUAUAUCCCCACACCUUCUUUUAUAUAAGAAGCAACCACCUCUUACUACCUUGAAACCCUGGGGAUGCCUCGUCUGGAUACACCUUCGAAAGGAGCACCGCAGCUCGAGCUCUGAUCCUCGCUGCAGGCCAGCCAUGAUGGUAGGCUAUAUACAAGACUCAAAGUCUAUUUAUAAAUGUCUUGAUCUUUAUACUUUGCAAACAAGCAAUCACUCUGAAAUCAUGUUUGAUGAAGACCUUUUCUCUGGUCCAUGGCCUAAACGCCCUGCCGGUUUUAUCAUGGCCAUCUAUAGAU